AUGUCCUUCUUCCUGACUGAGGUGUUUCUGUGGUCUUUGAAGACCAACUUACAUAUUAGAGAUGAAGAUAUUGGGAUCCACCAGUACUGUGACAAGAAAGAACCAGCAUCACAGAUGAAGCACAGUUAUUUAGAAGAGAAGCAAAAGCUAGCAGAAUCUCGAGAUUAUCCUUGGAUCCUGAAAACCAAGCGACCGGACAAACUGCGAGAUGCACUCAAGGAGGUAGAGGACUUAAUGCAGAACAAUCCAUGUGUGCUGAGCAAAUGGAAGAACAAACAUACCUGUCAGCUCCUCUUUCAUUCAGGUAUUUUGGUGUCCCUAAGCCUUUCUGGGCCACAGCUGGAGAAGGUGGUGAUUGACAGGACCCUGGUGGGGAAGCUCAUCUCCGACACCAUCAGUGAUGCUGUUCUUACAGAUAACUUCAUCAUCUUGUCGUUUGAGGACCAUAACCAACUCUGCUUUAUUCAGUUUACAAAGACAAUGGAUUCUGCUGAUGCAAACAAAAGACUGAAAAAACUCUCUUGUUUGGACUCUAAGAUUUCUUACGUUGAUAUACUUGGACCAGAAGGUAGAAGGAUGAAACGUCACCUGGCAAUAAACUGUAUGCAAGAUCUGGUAAUUUGCUGGUGGUCAGCAACUAGUGAUGGAGGAUGGCCUUGGUCUCCUAUUUCCUGUCAGAGGGACAGAGCCAACCUAUUGCUGUUAGGCUGUGCACAUGGCAAAUUGGAGGUGCUGAGUUACGUCUGCACGGAGCGGGACCCCCUGGAUGCCAGGUUCAGCUCCCUGCAGCCCCAGCAGGUGCUGACGGUGGAGCGCUCGGCGUCCUCAGCCAAGGAGCCCACGGCCGACAGCUGCGCCUACAAAUGCGCCAGGAGCGGGAUCCGGCGCGCCGCCGUCACCAGGAUCCCCCUGCCAGCCAGGCCCGUCAGCUGCUGCAGGGAUGUGACAGAAGACAAGCUGGUGCUGGGCUGUGAGGACUUGUCAGUAGUUCUGUACGAAGCCUACGGCCGAGUGACUCUGCUGGCCCAAGCAGAGCUGCUCCCUGCUGUCGUGACCUACCACCCCUCCGGAGCCCUGCUGGUGCUUGGCAGCUCUCAAGGGGAGCUGCAGCUUUUUGACGCGGCGCUGUCCCCAAUUAAAAUUCAGCUCUUGGCACAGGACUAUUCACCUGAGGCAACGCUGCAGUUCAGUAAACACUGUGAGGUGUCCACCAGCCUCAUCCAGAUCCAGUGGGCUGCUUCUCCAGGUGCAUUUCCCAGUCCUGACGGCAUGGAUGUUCAUGAUCUUUUGUUGGUUAGAUUUGAUAAAGGACCCUUGGGAGUGCUUCACUUUAAGCUUGGUGUGCUCACGAGAGGACAACUGGGCCUUGUGGAAAUCAUCCACCAGUACAUUCGUUAUAAUGAGAUACAGGAGGCAAUUAAUGUCCUGAGCACCAUGAACUGGAACACCUUGGGUCAGCAGUGCUUUAUCUGCCUGAGUGCCAUUUGCAAUCACCUCCUUAAACAAAAGCUUACACCAGCCAGAGAAGCACAGCUUGAGGCAAGCCUAGGAACAUUUUAUGCUCCAACAAGGCCUCUCUUGGAUAGAACUGUGCUGGAAUACAGGGAUCCCAUCAGCAGAUAUGCAAGGAGGUUCUUCCACCACCUGCUCAGGUAUCAGAGGUUUGAGAAGGCGUUCCUGCUUGCUGUUGACAUCGGUGCUCGGGACCUGUUCAUGGACAUCCAUUACCUUGCUCUAGAUAAGGGUGAAUUGGCACUAGCUGAAGUGGCAAAGAGAAAGGCUAAUGACAUUGAUGCAGAAUCAAUAACUACUGGAAUUGAACUUCUGGGGAACUCAGAUGAAGAAGACCCAUCUCGUGAAACUUUCAUUGACCAAUCUCCAGAGCAGGGAGGAGGGUGCAACCCACCUGCUCCCAGCCCUGCUGACAGACCAACAGUGCAGAGCUGCUCCCACAGAUCAACCAGCCACAGACAGGCAGAGGACACGGAGCCUGGAGCAGAUGGCCGCACCACCUCCCUGAUCAAGAAAACCUUUUCCAGCAGCCAGGAAGGAAAUAUGAGAGCCAUUCCUUCAGAGCAGGAGACUGGAGGCAGCGGGUCUCUGCAAAUUGUUCACUUUGGGCUGGUGUGA